GACAGACUUGUUAGUUACCUAUAUCUAUCCUGCCUUACAGUGAAUGACUAUUAGAAGAUAUGAGCACCACAACCACAACUGAGCUACCUUAUCAUCUCACAGCCAAACAACUCCCACAAAAUACCAACUCAUCUUCUUCUAGCUUAAACAAUCUUUCCCAGAAAAAGUACUUCUUGCACCUAUUAGCCACAAAAUGCACCACUUCACUUCAGAACUUAAAGCAAGUUCAUGCUCUGAUACUGAAAACCCACCAUGUCCAGGACCACUUUGUAGCUGGAACUUUGAUUGGAUCCUAUGCAAUUCCACAUUUUGGCAGUUUUAGCACUUCCAUCGAGAUUCUUGAACGAGUGCCUGAGCCAAAUGUGUUUGUUUGGAAUGCUGUUAUCAAGGGAUGUUUAGAUAACAAUGAGCCUGAGUUGGCUCUCUCUUUUCACCAUGAGAUGGUGGCUACGGACUCCAGGGCCAAUAAGUACACAUAUCCUCCAUUGUUUAAGGCUUGUCUGGUCGCGGGAGCUAGUAAAGAAGGUGCUCAGAUUCACGCCCGUGUGGUGAAAAAUGGACUUAUGGGAGAUGGAUAUAUAAAGAGUUCUGGGAUUCAGAUGUAUUCUUCUUUCAAGUGUUUGAAGGAGGCCAGGAAUAUUCUUUGUACAAAUGGUGACUCGGAUGUUAUUUGUUAUAAUGCUAUGAUUGAUGGGUACAUGAAAUUUGGAAAUGUUGAGGAUGCUAAAUUGUUAUUCGAGGGAUUUGAAGACAAGAAUGUCAGUUCUUGGAAUGCAAUGGUUAGUGGUUUUGCACGGUGUGGUAUGAUUGAGGAAGCUAAGGAAUUCUUUGGUAGAAUGCCUAUCAAGGAUGAGGUGUCUUGGAGUGCUAUGAUUGAUGGUUAUAAUCAAGGGGGUUAUUAUAAAGAGGGGAUAGAGAUUUUUGAAGUAAUGCAGAAAGCAAAAAUCAGGCCCAAGAAAUUCGUUCUGUCUAGUGUGGUUUCCGCCUGUGGUAAUGUUGGGGCACUUGAUCAAGGUAGAUGGAUUCAUGGGUACGUGAAGAAGAAUAAAAUUCCUAUUAAUGCAGUUAUGGGAACUUCUUUCGUUGAUAUGUAUGCUAAAUGUGGGCGGCUGGAUUUGGCAUGGGAGGUUUUUGAAACCAUGAAAGUGAAAGAAGUUUUUUCUUGGAAUGCCAUGAUCAAUGGGUUGGCUAUCCAUGGUAGGGCUAGAGAUGCAAUCGAUCUUUUGGAGAAGAUGGAGAAAGAAAGAAUAAAACCAGACGAUAUCACAUUUUUGAAUAUUUUGAAUGCUUGUGCUCAUGGAGGCUUAGUGGAUGAAGGGAUGUGGUAUAUGAACAAUAUGAAGGAUGUUUAUGGAGUUGCACCUAAAGUGGAGCAUUAUGGUUGCGCGGUUGAUCUUUUAGGACGGGCAGGGUUAUUCUUUGAAGCAGAGAAACUUAUAGGCUCCAUGCCAAUGGAACCAAAUGGUGCUAUUCUAGGAGCAUUAUUAGGUGCAUGUUGGAAGCAUGGAAAUCUUGAAUUAGGCGAAAAAGUUGGAGACCUUUUACUAGAAAUGGAGCCACAAAAUGGCGGAAGGUACACUUUACUAUCAAACAUCUACGCCAAGGCCGGGAGAUGGGAAGAUGCUUCAAGGGUGAGAAAAUUGAUGAAAGAAAGAGGAGUGAAAACAAAUGGUGGUUGCAGUUCGAUAGAUUUGGAAGGAACUUGGCAUGAAUUUAAAGUAGGUGAUUCGACACACCCUCAAUCAGAGGAAAUAUAUUUUAUGCUGGACAAGAUUAAGGAGAGGUUGCAGAAUGAAGGAUACUUAGCCAACACAAGUCAAAUAUUACAUGACAUUGACGAGGAAGACAAAGAAAAUGCAGUAUGGCACCAUAGCGAACGACUAGCUAUAGCCUAUGGCCUCAUCAACUCGACACCCGGGACAACUAUUCGAUUGAUGAAAAAUCUCAGAGUCUGUGAGGACUGCCAUUUUGUGACAAAGCUCAUUUCACAGAUUUAUGAUAGGGAGAUUGUUGUUAGGGAUCGUUCUCGAUUUCACCACUUUAAAAAUGGGAAAUGUUCAUGUAAUGAUUUCUGGUAAUUAUAGAAGGGUCUUUCUAGUGUGUGCCCAUGGGCACACAUUAUACACUAAAUUUGAUGAGAUUGGUGGAUUUUAAUUGGUGGACUUGAUGUAAAUGCAGGGGGACCAUCUUUAUUUAUGAUUAGAUGGCCAAUAAAAAUGCUCCAAACUCAUAGAAUUUAGUGUCUAUUGUGUGCCCAUGGGCACACCAUAGAAAAACCGAUUAUAGAAUGUGUAUGUUUAGACUUUAGGACAUAGGUUUUCUUAAGGUUUCUUCUCACGGAUUUGGAGCCCUUGGAAGAAUAUUUUAAGUUAAUAUGUAAUUUAUGAUUUAUUAAAAAAUAAUAAUAAUAUUUUCCGAUA